CAUCAACAUGUCAGUACCGCCCCCCUCCCCACGGGCUCCCUGUCCGUCUCUCCGUGCGCGGGAGGCCCCCCGGUGGCCUUGCCGCCCGCACACCCUCCCUGCGUCGGUCGUUCCCUCCCAGAGCAUGUCAAACCACACGCACCCAGAGUCAGCUCUCGAAGCCUAAAAGCUGUACGAUCUGUGCCUCAUUAGGAGAGGGGGGAACCGAGGCACGGGAGCGAUCAGCCCCUGAGAAUGCCGGAGCCUCGCUCCGCCCACAGUGGGUGGGGUCGGCACUGUAGGGGUUAAGCCCGCCGAGAAGCCCUGGGCUGCUUCCCUCCCAGCCCAGGAGUGCGGCUGCCUCAGGUUUCCAUCCCUGGGGCAUGACCAUGCAGCUAGGCCCGGCCCUGGUGCUGGGGGUGGCUGUGUGCCUGGGGUGCGGCCAGAGCUGGCUGCAGGCCCCGGAGCGCCCCUUCUCCGUGCUGUGGAACGUGCCCUCGGCACACUGCGAGGCCCGCUUUGGUGUGCAGCUGCCACUGAAUGCCCUGGGCAUCACAGUCAACUGGGGCCAGCACUUCCGUGGCCAGAAUGUCACCAUUUUCUACAAGAACCAGUUCGGCCUGUAUCCCUACCUGGGGCCCAGGGGCACGGUUCACAACGGGGGCAUCCCCCAGGCUGUGCCCCUUGACCUCCACCUGGUGCGAGCUGCCUACCAGAUCUGCCACAGCCUGAGGCCCAGCUUUGCUGGCCUGGCAGUGCUGGACUGGGAGGAGUGGUAUCCACUCUGGUCUGGGAACUGGGGCCGCCGCCGAGCCUACCAGGCAGCGUCCCGGGCUUGGGCUCAGCGAAUGUUCCCCGACUGGGACCCUCGGAAGCAGCUCCGUGAAGCCCGUACUGGGUUUGAGCAGGCAGCCCGUGCGCUGAUGGAGGACACGCUGCGGCUGGGCCAGGCACUCCGGCCCCAUGGGCUCUGGGGCUUCUAUCGCUAUCCAGCCUGUGGCAAUGGCUGGCACAGUAAGGCUCCCAACUACACAGGCCACUGCCGUGCAGCCACCCUUGCCCGCAAUACCCAGCUGCACUGGCUCUGGGCCGCCUCCAGUGCCCUCUUCCCCAGUAUCUACCUCCCACCCAGACUGCCACCUGCCUACCACCAGGCCUUCGUGCGACAUCGCCUGGAGGAGGCCUUCCGCAUGGCCCUGGCCGGGCGCGCGCGUCCCCUGCCUGUCCUGGCCUAUGCCCGUCUCACAUACCGGAGCUCUGGCAGGUUCCUGGCCCAGGAUGACCUUGUGCAGACCAUUGGUGUGAGCGCAGCCCUGGGAGCGGCCGGCGUGGUGCUCUGGGGGGACCUGAGCCUCUCCAGCUCUGAGGAGGAGUGCUGGCGUCUCCAUGACUACCUGGUGGGCACCCUAGGCCCCUAUGUGAUCAAUGUGACCAGGGCAGCCAUGGCGUGCAGUCACCAGAGGUGUCACGGCCACGGGCGCUGUGUCCGGCGAGAUCCAGCACAGAAGGAAGCCUUCCUGCACCUGGGGCCCGACGGCAGCGAUGGAGCUUGGCAGUCCUUCAGAUGCCGCUGUUACUGGGGCUGGGCCGGCCCUGGCUGCCAGGAGCCCAGGCUCGGGCCUGCACCUGAAGCAGCGGCGUGACGCCAGGAGGCCCUUUCCUGCCUCAUCCUGUCUCUGCCUCCGCUUUCCAGUCCUGGAGGAAUCCCGCUCCACUCUUGGGGUCCUGCUCCCAAGCACACACCCCGCUUCUCUCUCGGGUUCAAAGGGGCCUAGGGGGGAAAAUGCUUAUAAAACCAGACGCCUUCUGAGAUCAUCUUACUCCUCCUGACAAGCAGGCAGCCCCGGGGCUGAGUCAGGGCUCCAGCUGCCAGCUCAAGGCUUUCUUCCCGCACCUCGCUGGGUCCAUGCAGAGAUCACAGGAGACCCGUCCGGGGCCCACGAAGCUCUGGGCUGAGGUCUGUGAAGGGCGAAGCUGCUGUCUGUACUCUGCUUUCAUCAUAAAGUCAUUUUGUCUCUCGC